AAGCCUGGUAUCUGAAACUAGGCCCAUGAAGGUUUGUCAUUCCUAUCACGGCCGCCAUGGCCAAUGCUCGGCGGAGCAGGGGCUGACCUCUCAAGUCUCCAAGACCACCACAAUCAACCCAGCAAUACAUAGAUGAAGACGUUAUGCAAUGCCCUCCCUCUCCCCCCCAACUCUUAGGCUCCCCCGAGUAACAUUUCACACCCGACCCAACAAAAAACAUCCGGCCUCCAAUACUCCCUGCGUUGUCCAAUCCCUCCUCAACCUCGCCUCAGAAGGUCAUCUCUCCCAAGCAAUCUCUUCCCUAGAGCUCUUGACCGGCAAAGGCAUCCGCUUUCCCUCCGGAACUCUCUCCUAUCUCUUGCAACGGUGCGCGGACUCCAAGUCUCUUAGACAUGCCAAAUGGGUUCACCUCCAUUUGAAGCUCACCGGACUCAAGCACCCCACAACGUUUUUGUCGAACCAGCUGAUUGCUGUGUAUUUCAGGUGCGGUGAUGAAGUGGAGGCACGCAAGGUGUUUGAUAAAAUGUCUGUGAGGAACUUGUACACGUGGAAUAAUAUGCUUUCUGGGUAUGCUAAAAUGGGGAUGAUUAAGCCGGCUAAGAAGUUGUUUGAUAAAAUGCCGGAGAAGGAUAUUGUGUCAUGGAACACUAUGGUGAUAGCUUUUGCACGGAGUGGGUGCUGUGAUGAGGCUGUGAAGUUUUAUAGGGAGCUGCGGAGACAGUCAAUUGGGUAUAACGAAUUCAGUUUUGCCGGUGUUCUGACAGUUUGCGUGAAGUUGAAGGAAUUGGAGCUUACCAGGCAGGUUCAUGGGCAGGUUUUGAUUGCUGGUUUUACGUCAAAUGUGGUGAUUUCAAGUUCAGUUCUUGAUGCUUAUGCAAAGUGUGGGGAGAUGGGAGACUCGAGGAGAGUAUUUGAUGACAUGAGUGUAAGGGACGUCCUUGCUUGGACCACCCUCGUUUCAGGAUAUGCUAAACGAGGGGACAUGCAAUCAGCUAGCGAAAUGUUUGAUCGAAUGCCUGAGAAAAACCCUGUAUCAUGGACAGCUCUGAUUGCCGGCUAUACAAGAAAUGGCCUAGGGUAUGAAGCGCUUGAGCUGUUUACAAAAAUGAUGAUGCUUCGAGUUAAACCUGAUCAAUUUACAUUCAGUAGUUGCCUUUGUGCUUGUGCCAGUUUAGCUUCACUUAAGCAUGGCAAACAGAUGCACGCCUGUUUGAUACGAACUAAUUUUAGACCUAACACUAUUGUUGUGAGCUCUCUCAUUGACAUGUAUUCAAAAUGUGGGAGUUUGGAAAUUGGCAAGUGGGUUUUCAAUCUAAUGGGGGAUAAGCGAGAUGUUGUAUUGUGGAACACAAUGAUUUCUGCCUUAGCUCAGCAUGGUCAUGGUGAAGAGGCAAUGAAAAUGUUUGAUGAUUUGAUAAGAUCAGGAGUGAAGCCAGAUAGGACCACCCUUGUUGUCACUCUCAAUGCUUGUAGUCAUUCAGGUGUUGUGCAAGAAGGGCUUAAGUUGUUCAAUUCAAUGACUUGUGAUCAUGGCAUCAUUCCUGAUCAAGAACAUUAUGCAUGCUUAGUUGAUAUCUUGGGUCGGGCUGGACGUUUUGACGAGUUGAUGGAACAACUCGAGAAGAUGCCUUGUAAGCCUGGUGAUCGAGUUUUGAAUGCCUUACUUGGUGUUUGUCGAAUUCAUGGAAAUAUCGAGUUGGGAAGAAAAGCAGCUGAACAUCUUAUCGAGUUGGAGCCUCAAUCCUCUGCUGCCUAUGUUUUACUUUCAAGUAUAUAUGCUGUGCUUGGAAGAUGGGAGCUGGUAGAGAAGUUGAGAAAACUUAUGGAUGAGAGACAUGUUAGGAAAGAACGAGCAGUCAGUUGGAUAGAGAUUGGAAAUGAAGUGCAUGCUUUCACUGUAUCAGAUAGAUUGCACCCUCUGAAAGAAGUAAUAUAUUCAGUUUUAGAACAUUUAGCUGGACAGAUGGAAGAAGAUCCUUCAUUACUUAAUACCGAAAGUUAAAACUUCAUCAAUUUUUAUCUCUGCUGGGUGGGUUUUUACUUUCUUGGGACCUGGGAGACAGAAAUUAUAUUUCCGGUAAAUUUCAGAACUUGUAACAUUUUUGUUCAUUCCUUUGGAUCAGAUUCUCUAAUACAGUUGAAUCGCCACAAUGAUGCACCUUGAGACUUUUUCUCCGAGAAA